AUGAUGACAGUUGGAGUCGUAUCCCAACAACGGCCAGAUGACUUUGUUGAUAGUCGGCAGAGUGACGAAGGUGGGUGAUGUUGAUAGUAAAUGCAGUGUAUAAUCAACAAGGGAAGUACCCCAAGUGCGACUAUCAGAUUUUUAAAAAUUUUGUGACCACUUUUGGCAUGUCCCACAUGUAAAUUCCUAAAAAUUUUUACUCACGUUUUGCAGACACGGUCGAACCGUAAUUAAUGUUUAGUAGAUUUUUCUCGUUUAACUAUUCCAAUUUUUUUUUCAAUUUUAACCCAAUUUUGGUCAAUUUUUUGAGAAAAGUUGAUGUUAUCAUUCGAUAUUAUCAUUGGCAUCGUCUCAAACUUCUUCCCCAAUCGAAAUCGAAAGCUCUCUUUCCACUUUUCAUAAGUAAUUGCCUUCCUUUUCUUUUUACCCCUAAAUUCUCACGUUUUUUGUUCAUGUAUGCAAAAUUAUCUUGUUUUUCCUUUGAAAAAGUGAUCUCGGAAAUUUCGUAAACAAACGAAAAACCUGUUUUAACGCCGAUUGAUCUUGUACUUUGGAAUUAAUAAUGUUAAUGAUCGGCGAUCGUUUUAGACGAUUUAGAAGGAAACUUUUGGAAAUAAUUGUUAAAAUACGGUAGUAAUUGAGUACUGUCAUUUCAGAACUCCGUUUUGGAUCUCUUAUGGAAAUGGCUUUCCUGCACAACACUGUGGAGGAGUUCAAAGCCAUCAUGUAUCAGGUAAGAGAGAAGAAAGUUGUUUUUUAUUUUUUAUAUUGUUUUAGAUGCAAGCAGUCCGAAGACACAUUGUUUCCGCAAUAUUAGGCACAAAUCCAGUUCAAAGUGAAUGGAUCAACCUUCUCCGUCACGCAUACAACGUUCUCAACGACAAUAACACCAAAAAUUAUCAACGGGAAAUGCUGGCACCUAGUGGAAAAUUCAGUGUUAAUGUUAAAGAUGAGAUUAUCGGCCUUCAGGUAUGUUUUUAAAGUUAUUUCUUCUUAAUUUAGAUAAAUGAAAGAGCAGAAUUGAUUGUUCUUUGAUUUAGAAGGACCUCCAAUAUCUGGAAUCGCUUCUCCGUCUGCAGGAAUCUCAAGGAAUCACAGCUGCGUUGGAUCAAGUAGAUCUCAGCUCCAUCCUUCAGCCAUAUCACCCCGUCUCUGUCGACAAGUUCCGAGAAGAGUGCAAUAACUGUCUGUCUUUCCUCAAGCGGUUUGUAGUGCCAGUCGUCGACUCUCAAGGCCAGUCCGUCAAACCAAUUGUAAUCACUGAUUGGGAUGGAACCAUGAAGGACUACUGUAGUCAAUAUGCAACUAAUUUGCAACCCAUCUACAGUGCUUUGGGAUUGCACCGGUUUGCCAAGGAUUGUACGAGAUUAACAGCAGUUCUGACGGCGGGGCCCUUAAGAGGACCCGGGAUAUUGGACUUGACGGCUCUGCCCAUUGAUGGAAAUGUUGUUUUCAGUGGAAGUUGGGGAAGAGAAUGGUGGUUGAAUGGGAACAGAGUUGUUCAUGACGAUGGGAUCCCACUGGAGGGCAAACAUGCACUCGAGAAGGUCAAUGAUGAGGUAGAAAAAUAAACAUCCAGUUUAACAUUGAAUUCGAACUUUAGAUGAUAAACCUGCUGACAACAGGGGAGUAUUCUCAGUUCGGCCUGGUCGGGAGUGGAGUUCAGAGGAAGGUGGAUCGGCUUACAUUGGGAGUUCAAACUGUUUGCAAACAUGUUCAUCCAGAACUUUCGAAUAAAUAUCAAGACGAGAUCAAGGAAAGGAUAACGAAAAUAGAUCCCGAGAACAGAGUAGGUAUUUUUAGGUACAAUAAGACCUGUUUCAUACUAUUUCCUACAUUAUCCAUCAUUGCAGACCCUUCACUUUGACCCCUCAACCGAGUUAGAAGUCGAAAUCGUGGUCCACAAUGAUGGCUCCGUUUGGAAUAAAGCCAAUGGAGUGGAGAGACUGAUCGAAACCGUAGACGAAUCUCUAUCGAAAGGCCGAGUUCUAAUCUGUGGAGACACUUCCAGCGAUCUCCCCAUGGUUCAACACGCAGCCAAAGAGAAUCCUCAAGUAA